GCCACAGCUGUCAAAAUCAAUUAAAGUGGGACCACCUCAUUUGCUCUUUUGGAAACGUUUAGAACUCGAUAUAGGCCUAAAUGGUAAGAAAAUAAACGUGAUAAAAUGAGCGACUAAUUAGUCCUAGUUUAAAUAUCCCAUUGCAGCUAAGCAUUACAGUAAGUGACGCACUAGCCUAUAUGUGCGCAACAACCUGCGCAUAUUUCUAGCAUUUGUUGUUUGCGCUUUGAAGCCUUGGCAACCCAACUGGUGGGUGUAUACUCCAAGCCUGGGUUGGAUUAAAACAAGGUUUAUCUUCAGUUACUGUUUACAGCUCUAUUUUUACCGACAUAUGAAACUCAAUGGCAUGGACAGAUGAUACUUACCCACAGUUUCAGCAGUGGAACCAGGACGCACAGAAUGUGCAGAUAAUUCAACAGCCUGCUUCCCAGCAGCCCACCAUCAUCCUACAGCAGCUCCCUGCUGCUGUGUCAUCUCCCACUCCCUCCAUCCGGCCAGGACACGUCAAGCAGGACCUGGUGGAGUUGAUGAUGAUCCAGAAUGCCCAGAUGCACCAGGUCAUCAUGAACAACAUGACCAUGUCAGCCCUCAGCUCAUUUGGCCAUUCCCAGCCCCAGCUCCACCCUCCGUCUACCUCUGAGGAGGAGGAGGAGGAUCCAGAGGUGUACCACUACCAUUACCAGCCUACCCCGGCCUACCUGCCCUACCCAUCCUGGUUGCUGCCCCCCCAGCCUCACCCUAGCCUGGUCUACCGCAACACCCCUGAACCCCUGGAGCUAGCACCCUCACCACACAGAGACACCACCAGGAGGGCGGUCCCACCUCCUCCCCCACCCAGCGCUACCAGGACCGUCGGGGCUGACGUCCCUCCAGCAACAGAUUACUACGAUGCUGCGGAGAGAAGACAGUGACAACAAGAGCAGAACUCUACAGCAUCCAUUCAUCGUUAGCCUUAUUUUUUACAAGAUCGAAUCCUUCUAAACGUGUCAUUAGUAAACAGAACUACAUGUCAGAGGCACUGCAGUUUUGUUCUUUUAUAGUAGUUAUUCAUAAUAUCAUGUUUCUGUAUCUUGUAGAAAUCGUAUAAUGCUCACUAUAGUUCUGUUUCUUUACACAUUUGAAUGUGGGUCUUUUUAGAUUUGUUAUUUCAAGUAAAGAAAAAGCCAAGAUUAUCA